AUGAAAGACACGGUGCAGGUUUGUGGGCUGUGUGCAGGGUUUUUGGGGUGUGUGACUGCCGCCGCCUCGCUGCAGGUCCAAGCCUGGAAAGAGUCGAGCAAUGAUGGCAGCGCCAUCAUCACCUCUGAUGUAUACGAGAACCUGUGGAUGUCCUGCGCUGGGGACUCGACUGGCAUCUACAACUGCUGGUAUUUUCCAUCCUUAUUCGCCUUACCAGGUUAUAUUCAGGCGUGCCGUGCACUCAUGAUCACCUCCAUCGUCUUGGGGACGUUUGGUGUCUUCUUUACGCUGGUCGGCAUGCAGUGUUCCAAAAUUGGAGGAGAGAACUACGUAGUGAAGGAACGAAUCGCUGCCCUUGGAGGAGUAUUCUUCAUUCUGCAGGGUUUGUGUACGAUGAUUGCCGUAUCGUGGUACGCUUCCAACAUCACACAGGAGUUCUUCGACCAACUUUAUGAUGGAAUCAAGUUUGAGCUUGGAGAUGGUUUGUAUAUCGGCUGGUGUUCUGGGACACUCGCUCUGAUCGGUGGCUGCUGCUUACUGUGUGUGUGUAGAAACGACAGCAAAGAGAAAAUGAGAGUGGCAGCACACACUCCCUCGACUGUGUCCCGAAUCUCUCACACGCUCUCCACACAGCAAAGAAUCAACUCAUAUGUCUGA